CUUCCCAGCUAUAAUUUUUUAUGUCCUAACAAAUCAGAAUUCAGAAGCAAGAAUCGUUGAACUGUAAACCAGAAGAAGAUCCGCUUUGUACAUUUCUAUGAUCUACUGAACUGUUCAUUCUUGACUCUUGCCUUGCACGUAUAAUCUCUCUUUUCCUUUUGUCUGAUUCCUUGUCUUUCCUUAUAAUAUAUGCCAUACACUGAGCAGGUUUGUUGCUUGGAGUAGUUCAGUUGAUUACAGACCAUGAUUACCAUGUUCCAGUACCCUCAUAAACUAAGCACUUUCUUGAAUAAUGUUGGAGACUUUCUUGGAUAUCCAACACUAGUCUUCAUGUUUAUAGCAACAUGGCUCGCCUGGAUACUUUUCAACAUAGCAAGGGGUCAAAAACCACUGCCACCAGGUCCAUGGGGUUUGCCUGUGGUAGGAAACCUUCCAUUUCUUGAUCCUGAACUCCACUCAUACUUUUCUAACCUGGCUAAAACCUAUGGUCCUAUCUUCAAACUCAGGCUUGGUGGGAAGGUCAGUGUUGUGAUUGCUUCACCAGGCAUGGCACGCGAGGUGCUCAAAGACCAGGAUGUAACCUUUGCCAACCGGGAUGUCCCUGUGGUAGUGACAGCAAUGGAAUAUGGUGGCCGGGACAUAGUUUUUACGCCAUAUGGCGCUGAGUGGAGAAUGCUGAGAAAGGUUUGUGUUCGCGACAUGCUUGGCCAUGCCAAUCUUGAUGCUGUCUAUUCUUACCGAAGACAAGAAAUCCAUAACACUAUAAAGUACCUUUAUAGUCGAAAAGACUCUCCUGUUAACCUGGGUGAAGUGAUGUUCUUGAAUGUUCUCAACGUAAUUACAAAUAUGUUAUGGGGCGGUACUAUUCAGGGAAAAGAAAGGACUAACAUUGGAGCCGAAUUCAGGCAAGUGGUUGCAGAGGUUACUAAGCUUCUAGGGAAGCCUAAUGUAUCAGAUUUCUUUCCAUGGUUGGCCUGGUUGGAUUUGCAGGGUGCAAAGAAACAGAUGAAAGUAGUCACCUCCAAACUUGAGAACAUAUUUGACAAGAUAAUUGACCAGCGGACACGAAUUGAUGGACAGGAAGGGAUUGGUAGCGGCAAUGGUAACACAGAGAGCAAAGACUUUUUGCAGGUUUUAUUGCGGCUGAAAGAUGCUGGUGAUGCCAAAACACCUCUAACCAUGGACCAUGUCAAGGCAUUACUCAUGGAUAUGGUAGUUGGGGGGACCGAAACAGCCUCGAGUACGGUUGAGUUUGCCAUGGCAGAGAUGAUGAAUAAACCUGAAAUCAUGAAGAAAGUACAGACAGAAUUGGAGAAUGUAGUUGGAAAAAAUGCAAUAGUAGAAGAAUUUCACAUUCAGAAACUGCCUUACCUCUAUGCAGUGAUGAAAGAAGUCCUGCGCCUGCACCCGGUUCUUCCCCUUAUGGUGAAUCACAGCCCCAGUGUAUCAAGUGUUGUUGCCAAUUACAGAAUUCCAAAGGGUGCUCAGGUUUUUGUUAACGUGUGGGCAAUUCAUAGGGAUCCCUCCAUUUGGCAGAGUCCAUUGGAGUUUCUUCCAGAAAGAUUCUUGAAUGGCAAGGGAGAUUAUAGUGGAAAUGAUUUUAACUAUUUACCAUUUGGCUCCGGCAGAAGAAUCUGCGCAGGAAUGGCAAUGGCAGAGAAGAUGGUUUUGUUCUCCCUUGCUUCACUUCUGCAUUCCUUCAACUGGACAUUGCCUGCAGGAGAGAAACUUGAAAUUUCUGAAAAGUUCGGAAUUGUUUUGAAGAAGAAGACACCCUUGAUCGCCAUUCCUACGCCACGGUUGACUGAUCCAGCGUGUUAUGAGUAGACAUAGAAGCAUAGGAUGGUGCAUUUGUUUGUGUAUCAACAACCAUAGCUGAGAGUACAAAUUGUGGAAUUUCUCCAAGAAGCAA